UGCGCUUCCCGCGGGAGCGCGGCUCGGUAACGGCCGCCCCGUUCGAGGAAGCGCCUCCCGGGGCGCUCGGCUGGAUAACGGUCACUCCCUGUCCCGUUGGAGGAAGCGCUUCCCGUGCGCGGGGCGAUGGAAAUGUCAGAAGAUGAUAAUAAUAUGGAAGAUUACCCAGCUGAAAUUCAUGAUUAUCUCGCAGCAUUUGAAAAAUCUCUUGUUUCUGUAGAUGAGAUGCUUCAGACAAUGAUGUCUGUUUCCAGGAUUGAGCUUCUCCGAAAGUUAGAACCUCUUGAGCAAGCAAAACUGGAUUUGGUUUCAGCCUAUGCAUUAAAUUCCAUGUUUUGGAUGUACUUGGCUACUCAAGGAAUAAACCCAAAGGAGCAUCCAGUGAAAGGAGAACUGGAGAGGAUAAGAACAUACAUGAACAAGGUCAAAGAAAUAGAAGACAAGAAAAAAGCAUCCAAACUUGAUAAAGGAGCAGCUUCUAGAUUUGUAAGAAAUGCUCUCUGGGAACCAAACCCUGAAAAAGAACCUACCUCUAAAACUUCUGCCAAAGCGAAAAAGAGAAAGAUGAACUAAUAUUUUUUUUCCCCCUUAAAUGAAUCAGAGAUGACUCAAGUUUUAAAAAUGUUUUACACAUGGGGUACAUCUUGUAGAGCUGUGGCACAACAACCUUCCGGUUAGGUUACACUGAAAAUAUUUUUAUGGGAUUGUAUUUUGUCCAGAGGUCACUGAGGUCAUCACUAUACAGUAUGUGAGUAUCUUGCUGAUAAAAAAUAAAUCCUGGGCAUUAAAAACAAAGCGUUACCUGAUGUAUUCUAAUGCUGAACCAUGGACACAUUUUUUAUGUAUAUUAUGCUAUAUAUAUUAAAACAGUAUGAAACAGGGCUAUCCAGUCUGUGGUGUUUAUAUAGCAACCAGGUUUAUUAUUUCAUUAUAUUGCUGUAUGAAACAGUAUUUGCGGAAUUUGGUUAGACUUAUUCACUGUGUUAAACUGUUUCCUUUUCAGCUUCUGCAGUUGAAUGCAUGGCGUAUAUCCCUUGACUUCUGUUACCUUUGAGAAAGCCACAAGAAUAUAGCUAGAAUUGCACUUGUCCCCUGUCACUUACUGCUGGCGCUGAUAAGAUGGCGAUACGUGCCGAGAUGAGGGGCCUGUGGUCAUCUGCUGCAGAAACUGCAUUCUCUUUAGGAAGAAGCUUUGUUGUGUAAGGGAGGAGGUGCGUUAAUUUCUUUGAGAGUUUUUUAUUUUUUAGUACACUGCAAAUCAAAAUUCCAAUAUCAGAGCAAAAGCUGUCUAGCAGUUAGCAGUACCCUAAUUCUGAAUUAAUGAUAAACACUUCAGUUAAUGAGCAUACAGUCUGGGUUAGCACACCAGCUUGGGAAGUGCCGUUUGGAAGAUGGGGACCAUACUGGUCUGCAAUGGACUGCUACUGAUAGAGUGCUAAAAUGAAGGUUCAUCACUAAUAAAUACAGAUUUAAAGGUAAACAAAGCUUACUAAAAAUACUUUGUGUGUCUCUGGAAAUUUUUCCAGUGACAGGUAUAACUUUGCAUGCUUUUUUUUAGCAAACUCCUUGAGCAAAUAAUUCUUGUAUGUGAAGAUGUUGUCUUAGUGUUCAUCUUCAAAACCACAGGAUUGUUCCCCCGAAGUGUGCCUGUCCAAGGCCUGUAAACAUAGGUGAAAGCUGAGCGUCUCUUUCCUGUAUGUUAAUGAUAUAGUUAGGCACAACUAAAGUGCUGCUAGGAGCCUCCCUUGGCUUAAGGUUAAACCUGAGAGACCAGUGGGUAUCCUUGACUAAGGACAGUGGUACCUCGCAAAGCAGUUCUUUGGUGUGCUUGGUUGAGGCAGAGUUUAUCUGGAAGUCUGUGUCCUUCGUAUAUCCCCUUGACCACGAUGCUUCUAUGGACUGUUCUGAAUGGACCAGCGGCUUUAUGCGACUCUGGAGGUGUGUGCCAAAGUUUGUUGCUCAAAAUGCCGGUCUCAAAGCUCAACUGCUCCUAGAGAUGGUGAUAGUUGUAUAAGCAACAGACCAGGGCACAUCCACAAUUUGGAUCACUUAACAGCUGUCCCUAGUUAAUCCCUGUGUGUGUUAAAGGGCCUUUGAACUAUCUGGGAAGACAGCAACAUUAAAGUGAUCUGAAGUAGCACUGGGCAUUUAGAUAGAGGUGUCUGGAACAUGACAUCUGAAGCUUCGAGAGGCAUUCUGAAGAAACAAAUAGCUUGGCAUGUAUCACAUUUAUUUUAAUGGAGGUUGCCAUUAUUAUCUUCUUAUGAUUCAGUUAUAACCUUUGUUUUGAAAGGAUAAGUUCUAAAAAGGACCAUAAUUCAUGGCCCAAUGAAGAACACAGACUGCAUUGGUAAAUGUUUGCCCAAGAAUAAGCGAAGUCUCUUAAGAGUCCGGAGGCAGCAGUCUGGCUUGGGUGUAAUUAACUGUGUACAAGUGGCUGCCAUUUGUGGUAGCACAGUAGAUACCUGUGCAACAUACACAACUGUAAGGUCUUCAAGCCUGUAACUUUAGUGUGGUGGCUUUGGUGUAACCUGGACAAAUUCCCACAAACUGGGGUGGCAACAAGGCCGUGUGUGUCUUGUUCAGUAACCACCCACAGUGGUUUUUAUG